GUUGAGGCAGAAGCCUCCGGUCUCUUGGCCCCGGGUCCCAGCCUCGGGCCAGCGGGCCGGGAGCCGCGGGCGAGGGAGCCCCGUCCAGGCUGGCCCAGACCAUGAGUGAGGCGGGCGCCCCCAAGGCCGCCGAGGGGACCGUGUCCAGGCUGCUGCACGUGGUGGAGAACGAGCUCCGGGCGGGCAGGGACAAAGGUGACCCCACAGAGAAGGGCCUCCGCAUCGUCCUGGAGGACGCCGUGCUCUGGAAGCGCUUCAAGGACGCCACCAACGAGAUGAUCGUCACCAAGAACGGCAGACGGAUGUUCCCCGUCCUGAAGAUCAGUGUCACGGGGCUGGACCCCAACGCCAUGUACUCGCUGCUGCUGGACUUCGUGCCCACGGACGGCCACCGCUGGAAGUACGUCAACGGGGCGUGGGUGCCCGCGGGCAAGCCGGAGGCAUCCAGCCACAGCUGCGUCUACAUCCACCCCGACUCCCCCAACUUCGGGGCGCACUGGAUGAAGGCCCCCAUCUCCUUCAGCAAGGUGAAGCUGACCAACAAGGUCAAUGGCAGCGGCCAGAUCAUGCUGAAUUCCCUGCACAAAUACGAGCCCCACGUUCACGUGGUGCGCGUGGGGGGCGCCCACCGGAUGGUGAUGAAUUGCUCCUUCCCGGAGACCCAGUUCAUCGCCGUGACAGCCUACCAGAACGAGGAGAUCACGGCCCUCAAGAUCAAGUACAACCCCUUCGCCAAAGCCUUCCUGGAUGCCAAAGAGAGGAAUCACCUGAAAGAACUUCCGGAAAGUAUAUCAGAGAGCCAGCACGUGAAGUACUCUCACUUGGGAGGCUGGAUCUUCUCUAACCCGGAAGGCGUGUGCGCAGCAGGAAGUGCCGGUUACCAGUACCCGGGGGGGCUGCCGCUGUCCCCCCACGGCCACAGCUGCGAGCACCACCGCGGGCACCGCCAUGUCCCCUACCCGCCGGCCUGCGCGCACAGGAGCCACGGCCCCGCAGUGAACCUGAUGGAAAGUUCCAGCACUAACCUGCAGGUGUUCUCGGGACCAGAGGCCUGGACGCCCGUGCCCCCCGCGCCCCCCGUGGGCCUCCUGUCUGCCCCGCACGGCAGCGCGGGGCCCGGCGCCUACCCGUGCCUGUGGACCCUCAGCAGCGGCGGCGGCCCGCCCGGCCCCGAGACUCACGCCGGCGCGCCCGGCGCCCUCCUCCUGGGCGCGCCCCCGGUGGGCUCCCCGCUGUCCACGCAGGGGCCCGCAUCGGCCGGCCUGGACGUGCUGGGGGGCGAGCCCUCGCUCACCAGCCUCGCCGUGUCCACGUGGACCGCCGUGGCCUCGCACCCCUUCUCGGGCUGCGGGGGCGCAGGGGGGUCCGGGUGCCAUUCCCCGUCCUCCCUGGAGAGUUAGGGCCCCCCGCCCCCGCCGCCUCGGGCAAGGUGCAUGGAAGCUUCUAGAUGUAGCGCUUAGGCCCCGCCCAGAGCUCCCCCAACCACCCCCGUGCACUGGAGGAGAGGGGGGGUGCACCCAAGGCUGAUCCCCCUUUCUCCAGCUCCCUCCACCACCUUCGGGGGGCCCAGGUUCAUGGGGCACCCCCUUCCCCGCAUUGCUCUCGGAAGGUUCCGGAAGGUUCUCUUCGGACUGGUUCAGAUCUGCAGUGGCCCCGCAGGACCAGCCACUGAGUGUGGGUUGGAGCGAGGCCAGCUGGCACUUAGGGGGGCACGGUCCACCCCUUGCCCCCCAGGAUGGAGCACCCCAGACCCCACGCCGGCCUCUGCACUGUCCGGCCCUCACGAUGUCAUGCCCCUCAGCGGCCCUGGUUUGGAUCUCAAGGGGCCCCUCGGUCACCCCACACACACACCCCGUGUGUCCCCAGCCUUCUCCAGCUGCA